CGUAGAGCGCUGUCUAAGGACGCAUUCUACAAGCAGAAACAGGUGAAUGUGGAUAAUUAUAGCAUUCGAUAAGCAAAUAGUGUUUAUAUAUAGUCAGGUAUGGCAAACAUUGGUGAAUUCAGUAAGGAAACAUUGCUAAGUCAAGCACAGAAUGUAUGGACAAUGUUGGAUGAGAUGGCGGAAAGUAGUCCCGAAAAGUACAAAGAAUUUAUUGAUAAACAGAUGAAAGAGGCCAAGGAGUAUAUGAAACCACCAGAACCAAAUAUGUGUGUGCAAAGUAGUUUACAGGCACCUAAGCAAUGGAAACUGUAUUUGAAUUUCUGCAGUUGGCAGCGAGUACCAGAACCCAAGACCACAGACGAUCCUAUACCAGUUAUUGGAACUGAUCUUCAGAAAGAAAAAGAGGGUUCAGAUACAGUGAUUAUUACUUCCGUUGCAUUUAAUCCAAAGAUAAUCGAAGAAUGUGGCAAACAAAACACGACUGAAAGAGAUUUGUUAAUAAAUCUAGCAUUCAAGUAUGUUGAAACUCAGCAUAAUGUUCAGGUGUCUAGAAACUAUCAGAUACUGGGUGGAAAUGUUGUGUUCAAAGGAAAUAUGGAGAAAUUUAUACAAGCGUUUAACAAAAAGACCGAAAAAAGUGACAAAGAAUUUGACGAGAAUAUGUCAGAGCUCCAAAAAAACUUUGCUCCUCUCCCUUCGGAUGCAAAAGAUACAAUAUUAAAUAAAUUUGCUAAUAUUGCUGUUAGUGAGGACACAGGUAAAUGUGAUCCCGUUAUAGCAUCACAAAAUGGCUUUGAUUUUAAACUGCCCUCAUCAGAUGGUGGAAAGAAAAAGAAAGGUUUAAUUGAAGAAAUUUCAACAUCAACUGUGAAAACUGCAUGUCCAAAAUAUACAUUAGAAUGUGUUAAACGAAAUAAUAUCAUUGAAGAGAUCAAGGUCAAAGUGACUUUAGAUGGUGUUUCUAGUGUUAAAGAAUGUUGUUUAGAUAUUUCCAAGGAUGAUAUGAAAUUGGAAGUUGAUGACAGAUACAGUUUACAUAUUAACUUUCCACAUCAUGUGGUAGAUGAUGAAGCAUCAGCUAAAUUUAGUAAAAAGACAUCUGUUUUAACUAUUACUGUACCAACAGUGAAAUAAAAUUGUAAAAAAAAUGCACUUUCUGCU